AUGGCACUGAAAAUUACUUGCUUCAUUCUGGCUGUACUUGCAGUAGCACAAGCCUUCCCUCAUGGCAGUAGCGAUGUUGAUGGAAGCGGUGAAGUCGAAGCUGUAGCAGGAACUCUAAAAAAAGGCUUUGGUUUUGGAGGAUACGACAAUUCUGGUUUUGGUCAUAGCGGCUUCGGCAGUUUUGGUCAUGAUUCCGGAUUUGGCGGCUUUGGAAAUCGCAACCCUGGAUUCGAUAGUUUCGGUCGUGACUCUGGGUUCGGUGGCUUUGGACGUGACUCCGGAUUCGGAAGCUUCGGGCACGAUUCUGGAUUUGGACACCACGACUCUGGAUUCGGUAGCUUCGGGCAUGACUCCGGAUUUGGACACCAUGACUCCGGAUUUGGACACCAUGAUUCCGGAUUUGGACACCAUGACUCCGGAUUUGGACACCACGACUCCGGAUUCGGUAGCUUUGGUGACUCCGCGCUCGACAGUUUUGGCAAAGACAAUGCCGGACACGUAAAGGAUAUUUCCAGUUUAGCAGACCAUGGUAUAGACGAAGAUAAAAUCGAAAAGGGCCUUGAAGGCAUUGCCACUUCAUUGGGUGGUAUCGGCACUGCCAUUGGUGGUGCCCUCACCUCAAAUAUCGCAAAUGGCCUCAGACACUGA